UUGGUUAUUUCAGAUGUAGUCCGCCACAAGACAAUAAAGUUAAUUCUCUCUUCAGCUUUGCUGGUCUACAGAGUGUUUCGCAACGAGGCAAAGAGAAACGUGAAGCUGCUUCAUGGCAUCAUUCACUUGUUUGCCCUCAUCAUCAGCAUCAUAGGUAUUGUAGCUGUGUUUGAAUUCCACAAAGCAGCCAAGAUUUCAGAUAUGUAUUCUCUGCACAGCUGGUGCGGCAUGGCAACUUUAGUUAUUUUCUGCUUACAGUGGGUGAUGGGUUUGCUUUUCUUCAUGUUCCCUGUUGCAUCGUUGUGGUUACGAGCCAUGUACCUGCCCAUCCACUUGUUCUGCGGCCUAACUCUGCUGGUCAUGGCUAUUGGGACGAGCCUGCUCGGCAUCACAGAGAAGCUCCUCUUCAGCAUCAUGCCAACCUACCCUGAAUUUUCUCCAGAGGGGGUGCUGGCCAAUCUAUUGGGAAUCCUGCUGGUGCUUUUCGGGGUGGUAGUGUGUUACCUGGUCACCAGAGAAGAGUACAGACGCCCACCAAACCCAGAGGAAGAGUCUCUGUCUGUCCACUUCAAGACCCUGACUGAGGGUGGGUCCCCAGCCACACCCUGACUUUGUUCUGAAUCAUUCCUGUUCAUGUGAAUUAAAACAAAGUUGUGCCCAUUUCUGCCAGCAGUUUAUGUGGAUAUACUUUAAGUGGUCAUAAAAGAGAGAAGUGUUAGAAGUGUAAAAAUCAUUGACAUACUGUAAUGAUGCCUGUCUUCUUCCAUAAGGAUUACUUUAUAGCCAAGUUAAAUUCAUGGAAAACAAAAAGCAAGUCAAUUCUGUAUUUGGUGAAUUUACGCUAGAUGGAGCCAUAGCUCUCUGUUAGGUUUCCUGCUGGGAAUAUUGGCAUUGUAGGGUAUUUUCAUGUAGAGUUUAGUUUUACUUUAUCUUUGACACCGUUAAAUGAGUACAUUCUGAAAGAACAGGCUACAUGCAGUAUCACGCCCUCAGAUACUAAACGUGCUGUUUUACAAAGCUAAACCCUAUAAACCACACUUUACGUACAUAAAAUCAACAUAAUAAACUGUUUUCAAUAUCAGGAGGGACACUACCUGGUAAUCCAUGCUUUAUGUAACUCAUUGAAGGUUUUUAUGUCAAACAAUGGUCAACACAUGGUCCUGGUUUGGAUGAUCAGCUCUUACUGCCAUGGCAGGCAUAUAUUUGAGAUUAAUUUUUAAAAUUUUAGUUUUAAGUUCAAAUAUGUGUAAGUGAGUGCUGCAAACGGUUGGCUUUGUCGAUACAGUGUUACUAUGGUUUUAGCAAAGACUGCAUUGGGCUCCGUGUUAGCUUUCAUUUUCUGUUUUGGUGGAAUUAAAUUGUAGCUGAAUUACACCAAAUUGUGUUUUAAAAAAAAAAAAAAACUAAAUCAGGCUUUUAAUGUAGCCAUUAAAAAUCUUCUUCAGCUGAGCAUUUUAUGCAAAACCUUCAUAAAAAAUAUAGGUAUCCAACAGAGAACAACUUACUAGGCACCAUCUUUUGAGUUGAAGAUCCACAAGGAAAGUGUUUCACAAACCUUAAGAUUUCACAUUAUUCAAAAGAAUCCAGCAACAGCUAAAUAAAAUAGGGGAAUAAUUUAAAUACACUAACCUUUAGAUUAUUCCAUUACUUAUAAAGAUAAGAUGUAAACAAUUUGUAUGUUUUAUCUCAAGAAAAGAAAACCCUGGUAAAUACGUGGUUUGAGCAUCUGCCUUUGUUGAACAUAUUUUCCUGUAACAAUUUAAAGUUAUGCUACAUGAAAACAGCAUUUUCUCUUUUUAAUAAUGACUGAAGGGAUUUAACUGAUAAACUUGAAUUCAUAUGUUUAGUAAGUUUGAGCUCCGUAGUGCCAUAUUGUGCUUGUGUAAAAACACAAGCCAUUAAACGAAUGGAGAACAGUAGUAUGUAGUAUGUGUCUUCGUCCACAAUUUUGUUGAUCAUACUUAAUGAAGAUCUAUAAGAUUCUGGAACACAAAAUUUGAUCUUUGUAAAUGUAAAUAUCAGUCAUACAACCUUUAGAGUUAGUUUUUAGAUGUGUGUAAGUAUGUAAGUUUGAUGCUCUAAAUAUGUCAAACUCAUAUAUUUGAAUGUGUUUGAUUAUUGUGCCUUUUUGGUGUAUGUCAGGUAUCAGUUCUAGUGCCUGAUGGAGGGCAUUCGUUCAUAUUUUUUUUUACGAUGGUGCACUUUCCAGUCUUUCUCAUACAAUCUGAAAUACAGUGUGUGUAUGUGUGAAAUGGCUUCACUUUUAUGUGGAUUUGUCUUGUUCAUUCACGUAGCUUAAAAGUAUUUGUAACAGUCAUUUUACAGGACAAGAGGUAUUUAAACAUUGAAUUCGCUCAAAAUAAA